AUGCCCGCUCCUCUUCACCCUCACCCGCAACCGAAGCAUACUGCUUCCUUUGCUUCUAGCUCUAGCAAUAACGGCCCACCGAGAGUGCAGGUCUCGCAUGAAGACGAGGACGCCAUCGCCGAUAUUCAUCGCAGCUUGACGGAGAAAACUCUCUCAAAUCAAAAGUACCCGGAACCUCAUUCGUCGUUUGACAAGUUCCUCGAGGAACAAGUUCAGGGCAAGAAACGCUCAAACCUCGGUGUCUGCUUCCAGUCGCUUUCAACUUGGGGCGAGGGAGAUAGCCAUGCAGAUGUCAAGACUCUCGGCACGGCACUCUGGCGUACCCUGACCAUGCAGGAUAUCUAUGAGUGGACUAUCCAGCCGUGGAUAACGAAGAAAAAUCCCCAAGGGGGCCGGCAAUUGAUUCGGGACCUGUCUGGUGUCGUUCACAGUGGCGAGAUUAUGCUUGUUCUCGGACGCCCCGGUGCAGGCUGUUCAACCUUCCUCCGCACCAUCGCUGGCCAUCACUCCUCCUUCCUAGGAGUGACCGGUUCAAUCGACUAUUCCGGCCUCAGCCCAGAAGAAGUCCGAAAGCACUACCGUGGUGCGGUGGCAUACGUCCCGGAGGACGAUGUGCAUUUCCCGACGCUGAAUGUAAGGCAGACUCUUGAAUUUGCCUUGCAGAGUAAGACACCCAAACGGUACCGAGACCGGAUCCCCCGAUAUCUCGAGGUCUAUGGCCGUGUUUUUGGAAUGACGCAUACCAUGGACACCUUGGUUGGCAAUGAGUAUAUUCGCGGUGUGUCGGGAGGAGAGCGUAAGCGCAUCUCCAUCAUUGAAUCUCUGGCUAGUGAUUCAUCUGUGGCAUGCUGGGAUAAUUCGACCAGAGGAUUAGAUGCGUCCUCUGCUCUUGAUUAUGCUCGCAGUUUGCGCAUUAUGACCGAUACCUGUGGCAAAGCGACAUUGCUCACUCUCUACCAAGCGUCUGAUGCUAUCUAUGAGCUUGUGGACAAGGUGCUUCUCAUUGAUGAAGGGCGCAUGCUCUACCAAGGACCGGCGAAUGAGGCAAAGCGCUACUUUGAAGAUCUCGGUUACGAAUGCGCCGACAUGCAGACCACCUCUGACUUCCUGACUAGCAUCACGGUCCCGGAGCGCCGACGCUUCCGUCAUGGAUGGGAACAUCGUGCCCCUAAAGGUCCGGUCGAACUCGAGGUUACUUUCCGCCAGAGCGCUGCAUUCGCCAAGAUCGAGACUGCAGUUCGAAGUUACGAAGAUCAGAAGUGUGGUAAAGCACCCGGCGCUCUGGACUCGGAGUGUGGCAGUAUUGAAGAAUUCAAGAAGACUGUGCAGAGUGAUAAGUCGCGCUUUGUUUCUUCCAAGUCGCCGUAUACCAUUUCCUUGUUCCGACAGGUUGAGCUUUGUGCGAAGCGGCAGAUGUGGCAAUUGAAGGGGCAUCUGAGUCCGCUAUACAUCAAAUUAAUUUCUUGUGUCGUGUACGGUCUAUUGAUUGGAUCCAUGUUUUACGACUUGCCUCAGACAACCGAAGGUAUAUACGCCCGUGGGGGUGUACUCUUCUACUCAUCCAUCUUGCUGGCCUGGCUGCAGAUGUCGGAACUGGAGGAAGCCAUGCAAGGUCGAGAUAUUCUUAAUCGACAGAAGAAACUCGCCUUCGUGCGGCCCAGUGCUGUCUGCUUAGCUCGGGUUCUUUCUGAUAUGGUUGUUUCUGCUCUUCUCACAUUCUUGUACCUCAUUGUCAUGUACUUUUUGGCCGGCCUUCAAGCUAACGCCGGUGCCUUCUUCAUCAGUUUUCUCCUCAUCUACAUGUGCACAAUCUGCCUGACUGCCCAAUUCCGCGUGUUCGCCGCCCUGUCUCAGAACUUCGAAGUUGCCCUCCGCUACUGCGGCGUCUCUGUUUUGUUCUGCAUCGUAUUCGGUGGCUACGUUUUAUCAGUCGAUAAAAUGAUCCAAGAUGUGCCCUGGGUUGGAUGGAUCGCGUAUACGACCCCCGCUCUAUACACCUACGAGGCAGUCAUGGCCGCUGAAUUUCACAAUCUAAACUUCAUUUGUGCCACUGGAUCUAUUGUUCCAGCAGGUUCUGAAUAUAACGAUCUUGCAUACCAGACUUGUGCUUAUGCCGGUAGUCAGAUUGGCAGUACCGUCGUCAACGGCGAUGACUAUCUGGCUGCCAAGUAUGGAUUUUACUACAGCAAUGUUUGGCGCAACUUUGGUAUACUCUGUCUGUUUACUAUUGUUUUCAUUGGUCUCACUUGUUGGCUGAGUGAAGUGCUUGAAUGGGAACUGGACAGUGCCGGACCGAUUCAAUACAAAGGAUCGCAAAAGCUGUUCAAGCGAAAGAAGACCCAGUAUGAUGAAGAGAAGGCUCCUGUUUCGGUAGAUCCGAGGGCACCACCUGCUGGUUACGAAAGCAAGCCUGAUCAGACCAUCACGGCCACGGAGUCUACCUUCACCUGGUCUGACCUUGAGCUCAAUGUUCAGAUUGGUAAAGAAAGCCGAAAGUUGUUGGACGGUGUUAAUGGUUACUGCAAGCCGGGCACUUUGACUGCUCUUGUGGGUGCCUCGGGAGCAGGAAAGUCAACAUUGUUGACUGCACUCACUCAAAGAGAAAGCCCUGGCAUCUUGUCCGGCUCAUUGUUCGUGGAUAACCACUCGAUUGACAAAUCCUUCAACCGACAGAUUGGAUAUUGCCAGCAAAUGGACAUUCACGACGAAAGCAGUACCAUCCGCGAAGCAUUUGAAUUCUCUGCCCACCUCCGUCAAAGUCACGAGGUCUCAGAUGCAGAGAAACUGUCAUAUGUGCAAACUGUGCUUCACACGCUUGACUUGGCCGAACUGCAAGACGCCAUCAUUGGAUCGCUGGAUAUCGAAAAGAAAAAGCGCGUGACAAUCGGAGUGGAACUCUGCGCUAGACCCAAGUUACUUCUUUUCCUGGAUGAGCCUACAAGUGGACUCGAUAGCCAAGGCGCCACUAGUAUCGUUGCUCUUCUUCGGCGUCUGGCAAACCAGGGACUGGCGGUUCUUUGUACCAUUCACCAAGCUAACCAGCAGCAAUUCGAAGAGUUCGACCGUGUCCUUGCCUUGAGUCCCGGUGGCAGCACAUACUACUUCGGCCCAGUGGGGAAAUCUGGCUAUGCAAUCUUCGACUACUUCCAAAAGCACGGCAACAUUCCAGAGAAAGUCACCAAUGCAGCCGAUUUCCUCAUCGAGGUAGUCGUCGAGGGCAUGAAAUCCUCCGGAAACCAGGUAAGCUGGGCAUCUGUCUGGCGCGACUCCGAAGAAUACAAGGAAGUAAAGAACGAGAUCGCCUGUAUCCGGUCCAACAACACUCGCACAUCCUCUACAGCACCACGUCCCCCACCUCUCAGUCGCCAGAUUAAACUCCUCACCCAACGAACCUGUCGCCAGUUUUGGAGAACGGCUGAAUAUCCCUACUCACGUCUCUACGCUUCUUUCCUCCACGCACUGAUCAACGGCCUUACCUAUCUCCAGAUUGGGAAUAGUGCAACGGAUCUGCAGUCGAAGGCUUUCUCUUGUUUCUUAGUUCUUAUGCUGGUACCUGAGUUUAUCAAUGCCAUCUCCAUGCGGUUCAUCCUCAAUCGGGAUAUUUGGCUAGCGAGAGAAGGCCCCAGUGGUGUAUACAGCUGGGUUGCUUUCUCUACUGCACAAAUCGUCGCUGAAAUCCCCUACGCUAUCAUCGGUGGAGUAGUAUUCUUCAUUUUAUAUUAUUUCAUGGUUGGACUGCCACUUGGAUUCGCGGCAGGAUACAGCUUCAUCAUGUUCUUCUUUUUCUUCCUGUUCGCCACGUCGUGGGGUCAGUGGAUUGCUGCUAUGAGUGCUGAUUCCUUGGUUGCCGCCACACUUAUGCCCUUCUUCAUUAUCCUGGGAGAACUAUUCAACGGUAUUCUCAGACCACACGAGCAGAUGCCUGCUUUCUGGAAAUACACCAUGUACUACAUCACGCCAUUCACUUACUGGGUUGGAGGUGUUCUCACGUCUGUACUUCGUGGUACGGAGGUAGUCUGCACUCAGACCGAGUUGACCAUCUUUGAGAGUCCACCGAACAUGACUUGCGGUGAAUACGCGGGCUCUUGGCUUGAUACUAAGGGUGUUGGCUACUUGUCUAACCCCGAUGACCUUGGACGAUGUGGGUAUUGUGAAUAUAGUUACGGUGAUGAUUAUCUCUCGGGCAUUGGUCUGGACUCUUCUAAGAUCUGGCCGUACUUUGGCAUUUUCCUUGGUUUCACUGUGGCAAAUUACUUGAUGGUGUAUCUGCUGGUUUAUAUGCGCUCGGUGAUGAAGCCUUUCUGGCGAUCAAAGUAA